CUACAGCGACAAGUGAAAUCGACUUCCGCAACCAGAGGGAUUUCUGGGAAUUAUUAAAUUCCCCGAGGCCUACGAAGCUAUAUAGUUGCAUUUCGCGGAAGCGAUUCAACAUUUAGUGGAAAACAUUGCAGUUGAUCACACAACGAUUCCACUCCAGAUCGACAUCGCAAGAAGAACUUUUUUGCGUAACACUGAAUUUAGCAGAAGAACAUUUCAUCAAAGCGAGACAUGUAGUUUCAGAAGCAUUUCGUGUCACGAUGAAGUGCCCAUCUUGUGGGAACCCCGAACUGCAAGAACAUCAUCACUUCUGCUACAAUUGCGGCUUCAAACUUGCUGUUGUAAGAUCAUCAGGAACUUCAACAGUGUCGAAUACCAGCCCUGAGCAGUUUACAGCUACUUCAGAUCACCAUGGCUCACCAGAGGUGUCUCAAAGUAGACCUGAUUCUUCCCCUGAUCAGUGCUCUGAUGACUCUAGCCAAGCACCUGUUGUCACGGAAUCAGUCACUGAAGCCGUCAAAAGCAGCAAAGGUGAAUUUACAAGAGACGGUUUGUCAGGCCAGAACAGUGUCAACAGUCCGUCCAAUCUGAAUGAGAUCCAACCCCCUCAACAACAAGGAGCUGCUCCUGUUGACUUUCCAGUUAAACCAGGAAAAUUCUCGGUAUCUACAGACAUUCAGACUAAAAAUCAAGAUGAAUCUACUGAACAAGGUUUGACUGAACAAAUCGUUGAUAGAGAGGUGCCCCCUGGCCGGCCUCCUGGCCAGCUUAAAGAUACUAGUCCACCCUUGGACAUCCAGGAACAUGAUGCACCAGGAGACAGAAGUAAAGGGAUACCACCGGUUCAAACACAAACACAGUCUCACUCUGGUGAGAACGGUGCAGCAAGUCAUGGCAGUGUCCCUAACAAUGGUACACAACAGAAUGGUUACAAUUCAGAUAAAGAAUUUGUAACCGUCAUUUUCCAUGCGUUGUUAACCCCAACGUUUCAGUACAACCAUGAAGAAGGCGAUAGGAUUUUCAUUCGUGGAAACUAUCCGUUUUCAUGGGACGAGCAGCAUCAAGUCGCUGUCCGCACUGUCAGAGAAGUAUUCGAUGGCCACUUUGAAUUGGAGGGGACGACAAGAAUGACUCUGCCACAGGCUUUUCUCAGGAUUUCCUAUAAAUACGUUGUAUCUCGAACUAAAGGGAGAAAUACUCCGCCAAAGAAUAUGUGGGAAUGCCUCCUUGGUUGCAGACCUGUCUCCAAUUAUCAUGUGAACCGCUCAUUAUUCAUUCCUAGGGACUCUAUAAACAAUAACGCAAUCUGGCACCAAUAUGAUGACGCUGUCUUCAAUGAACCUGGAUUGUGGGACUCCAUUUGUAAUCGUAUACCUUUGUUGAAAAAGGUUGUUUUAGAUCCCGCAGAAGGUCGAAGGAUGGCGAUGCUGGCCAUGUUACCCGAUUGGGACAGUAUCUCAUCUUGUGAAGGAGGGUUUACUGCGUCAACUGCUAUGACUCGAAUAAACGAUGUGGUCUACUGCAUGGGGAAUCAAGAGGUGGAGAAUGGCGUGUACUUUUACCAUCGUACCUUUGUCACUUUUGAUGUCAUGAAGGUGUUAUUCGAAUACCUGUCUCCACGGCUGAAUGUUAACACUCAAGUGCAAAAAACCCAAACCAAAGACGAGCAGGCUCAAGUCAAACGACUAGUUACAUCUGUCAUGAUCGCGUCCCUGUGUGUUCGUCAUCGCAUGACUUUUAUAGGAGAUCCCUUGCUAAAGAACAUGCUGGAAAAUCUCGUAAUGCAUGGAAAUGUAAUGCAGAAGAAGUGCAUGGAGUUAGAAGGGCUUCUGCAACAAUUUCCGGAAGGACAGAGGACAAUGGCAGACGACUUGAAAAGAAUGUGCAGAUACGUAAUUGAGGAAAAGGACGGCAUAUUUUAUUGGUUGUUUGCUGUUCCCCUACUUCAUUUCCUAUCGAAGUCAGCGGAACCAUUCUUAGGGGGACAGCUUCCAGCAGCCCCGAGCUCACUUGAUGACAACUCGUGGUGGGGAACAGAAGACCUGCCAGACUUUCAACGAGUUCGACAACAAGUUUCCAAUACAAGUGAAAAAGCUAAUACGCCAGCACUUCUCCAAAAUCAACUUUCAUCCAUGUUUGAGCUCGACCCACUGUUCAAAAGGACAUUUUUGUUGGCGCUUCCCAUCUCUGACAUGAGCAAGGUGUUACAGAAAGGAAAUUUCUCUUUGCAUGAAGUUUGUUGGACGCUUCUUCGGACUCUGAAAGAGAGAUCGAGGCCUUUAUGUCUAAUUGAGGAAGAGUGGAAUUCUGUUGAAGAUUGCAUCAAAGAGAUGAACUCAGGUGCUGCGAACUACUAUAG